AUAUCAAGGCCGUGCGCUUGCACACACGAAGACGAACAAGCAAAGGGCGAGGAGGGGAGAGAUAUGUUAAGAGCUUCUGAAGCUAUCGUUUUAGACGAGAAUUUUGGCCCCCAAAGCAGAGACAUUUUAGCCAGUAUGCCAGCGUUACAAAGUACAAAUAUGAUGUCGAAUCAGCGGUAUUGUAUAUCGCUGGGUCCUGGGCCUCUGUGGUACUCCGAUGUUCCCCACGCCGUUGAUGCAUCCAAAAUGUCCUUCGUGGCAGAGGGCAGCGGCGUGGGGGUUUUAGCACAGCCCCCUGUCAAUGCUAAAGGCCUGUUCACUACCAACGUGAACUCCUUGGCACAUCAAACGCAGGUUGCAGCCAACCUGUGUUUCAAAAUUCGUCCUGUGGAAUGUUUGGAGGUGACCUGGGAAACUGUUUUGCUGGACGGCAAGUUGUACGUAGAGCUACCUUGCGGCAUACUUCCUGAGGGAUCCAAGGAGAGUCUUGUGUCUCUUUUGGAGUAUGCCGAGGAUCGACUGAAGUGUAGCCAUGUCAUUCUGUGCUUCAAGAAGAACCGCGCAGAUAGAGUCAACUUGCUUCGAGUGUUCAGUUUCCUGGGUUUCUCUGUGGUACCACCUGGCGAUCCCCUUGUCCCUAAAGUGGAAGACCUGAUGUUCAUGGUCUACGUCAUCGAGGAAGACUCUGACGAAGGGGAUUAGCAUUUGAGGAACAGGCCUUGAGCAUUGAAUGCUGAAUUUAGAUUUUUUUCCCUUUUCGUUCAUGUGUCAAACUGUAGUCUUGUUCUUCUAGAUUCCUUUUUCCAUGCUUCUUUUUUCCAGUCGUAACCAAGUUCCAUUUUGCCAUGAAGUUUAUUAUUGAUCAUUCAAGGGUUAGAAAACUAACAAGAUUCUGUUAUUUGUCUUGAUUGAGCAGCGAACAAGGGAGUCUUCCUAUGCUCCUGUAUGCAGUGCAAAUUAGGGAGUGUUUUUUGUCAUCUUAACCACUUUCAACAGAACAUAUCAUUUUAUCAAUUAUUGGCAUCGCACAAUGUCGCCAGAACAAACCAUUUUCGUUUGUUUACUUUUACACCCUUUACAAACUUCAUUUGUCUGCGUACCGAUCCCCAUGCACACAGUGUAAUCAUUAUCCUGUACAGUUGCAGGUUUCGGUUUUUGUUAGACCAGGCCAAGAAAUAAAUGCAGUUUUAAUCUUUGACUGAGAGGAAGGAAGGUUUAUUUGUAUAUUGAGAUUACAUUCAUAGUGUGCGAGUGAAUUUGUUUUUAUGACUUUUGUACAUAAACUACGAGGAGAAAGUAGACAUUUGUUCAGUUUUCUUGCCUUCGGACCCAAGUAUUCAACAUUCCCUGUGUAAUUUGUUCAGAAUGAUUUAUCCUUUUAUGCAUUUGAAAACCGAAACCUGCAACUUUGAUGAAAAUGUACCUUGGUUAUGUUGGUUUCCUCUGAAUUUCUCUGCCACGAAUGUACAUGUAAAGCUAUAUUAAUCCAAUGAAAAAAUAAUAAAAAAAAUUGCAAGAUAUUUCAAAAAAAGAAAAAAAAUGAAGAUUGUAACCUAUAUUAUGUGUAAUUUUGACAGACACGGCAUCCAGUAUCCAUGCUUGAGGUGGGUACUAGCUGCCAUCUACUUAUCAUGUGAGAUUUGUUGAUUUCAUUAUUUUAGUUAAAACAUCUGGUAAAUGGUAGAAUAUUAUUGUGGUUCACUGUAGUAAAUAAAAUUGUCAAAAUGUCA